UUGCGACUCGCCAGACAACGAAGAAGAAGAAGAAGCGUCCUCACUCCCAAAACGGGCUGGGCUCAUGCUAGCAGUUCUGGUGACGACAAACUUACAUUUUGUCAAAUUCGCGUUAAACGGUAGACUAUAGUCUUGUUUUCUAAAAAGUAUUCGUCAUCGGAGCAGUCUGGGAUUUUCACGGGUUACAGACGAAAAGACGUCGUGUUGUCCUAUUAGCGUGGACGUCUGCGCUGCCAAAAAGUGCUGCUUUUUAUUGACUCCAUCGAACACUUAACUACACAUUCAUUGUUUCGGUUCUUUUUCGCCACACGUGUUAUGAGUUUCCCUUUUUAUGUGGAGAACUCCGACCAUGUGAAAUAAGAGCAUCAUGGACAGAGACUUGUUGAGACAGUGUCUGACUUAUCACGGAGAGUCACUAUUCAGCACGCUUAAAUGUGAACAAACUGAAAACCCAGACUUCCAAGACGUGGUGACUGACCUUUGUAAGGUUGCGUAUGAAAGCAACGGCGAAGGGCCGGGGAACCCCCUCGUGGAGCAGUUCAUUGCCAGGAAGGCUGACAUUCUAUUCUGUCCAUCAUGGAAGACAGCAACUCCUAAAGAGGAGAAGCAUGGAGAUGAAGAGGCUGCAGAGCCUUACGCUGUCAUGCCACCCCUGGAGUUAUUCAUGGAAGUGCCUUAUGAUGAGAGAAGGGCUAUGCUGUAUCGAGAUUUGGAACGAGGGGACAUUGUGGUGGGGAGGAUCAACAAUAUCAGAGAAUAUGGCUUUUUUCUCACUCUGAUUUGCAUGGCGGGAGGAAUGAAUCGAGACAUAGAAGACCUGGAGUUAUCUGCUCUUUGUCACAUCAGGGAAAUUCCCUCUGCUGGCAGCCAUGAUGAUCCUUUGUCUUACUACCAGAUUGGAGACAUAAUCAGAGCUGGUGUGAAAGACAUUGACCGCUACCAAGAAAAAAUCACAGUGUCACUGCUUCAAACGUCGCUUUCACCCAGAUCGGAGAGCGUCCAGCUAGGAGUCAUAAACAAGGACGAGCUGCCUCUACACUAUAAUCGUAGUGUUCGGGCAGCUAGUGACUCAAGGGAGACAUACGAGCGUAUACUGUGUGGUUGCCACGGCUACCACAACCCUUCUGUCGUGGACUACUUGCUGGAGAACAUUGGUGUUACUGACAUUCACCCACCCUCGAUGAUGAGGGGGCUACAAAGUAAACUCUUUGAAAAAGAAGAUUUUGCGUGUGCAAUCCGGGAAAAGCAAUCUGCAUCCUGGGCUUUGAAAUGUGUCAAGGCAGGUGUGGACCACUUUAAACACAGUCGCCAUGUGGAAGCCAUGAAUGAGUACAACAAAGCUUUGGACAUCGACACAAACAAUGUGGAAGCGCUGGUAGCACGAGGAGCUCUGUAUGCUAAUAAAGGCAGCAUUUUGAAGGCUAUAUCAGACUUCGAACUGGCCCUGAAGACCUGUCCAGAUCACCGCAAUGCCAAGAAGUACCUCUGCCAGACACUGGUUGAGAGAGGAAAACAACUGGAGGAACAGGAGAAACUAGUAACAGCAGAAGGGGUGUACCGAAGAGCACUUUCACUGGAUGAUGCAAACCCUGAGGCCCAGGAAGCCUUGAACAAGAUCACAGAGACCAUACAGAAUUCGAUUCGCCUUCGGGAAGAGGCGCUCACUAAAGAGGCGGCAGACAAAGCUAAGAGCAGUCAAAGCAGUGCUGAGAAAUUGCGUAAGAUCUUAAAAGAGGACAAGAGGAUGAAACGAAAACGGAAGAGAUCGACCUCUUCCUCGUCAACAUCCCCUUCCUCUAGGGACUCCUCCACUUCAUCGUCCUCGUCCGAUCACAGGAGGUCCAAAAAGAAGAAAAAGAAGAAAAGGAGGUCGCAGCGGGAAGGCAAGCGCCAUCGCAGGCUCUCUUCAAGAGAGAGCAACAGGAGGAGUGAAGAGGGUAAAUGUGUGAAAAAGAGGCAGGAGAAAGAGGAGGAUGAGGAGUUGGAGUGGUACCCGGAACCUCCUAACACCUCUGCCACCUUUCUCAACCAGAAGGGAGGCCAAGGUUUUGGAGUAAUGGAAGAAGAGGAGGAGGGAGAGGCAAGUAGGAAGGGCAAAGCUGAUAAUGGCCCAAGGAUCUGUUUAUACUCUUUGUCAGGAACCUCAGAAGAUGAAGAGUCUGAGUGUCCAUCUCAUUCAGGAAGUAACAAUAAGGUUAAAGUAGAAAGCAGCUCCAGGACGAGGAAGAGUAGCAGUGGAAGUCCAGAAAGAUCUAAGAGUAGAGAUAGUAGUCAUAGGAGCAUGGAGAGAGGAAAUGAGGAUAAAAGGAGGAGAAGCUUAGAUGAGAGGAAGCGCAAAAUAUCUUGCUCGUCAUCGGAGUCCUCGUACUCGAGGAAACCUACGGAUGCAGAACAUUCAGGACACUUCGGUCAAAGUAAAGAUUUUUCUCGGAGGAGCUCCUUGGGAAGCGAAACGUAUGAAACCCGAGGCUGGGAAAAAGAGGAAACUUGGAAAGAUAAGUGUCGUAGUAAUGAAAAAGCCAAGGAGGAGAAGGUAGAUGAAAGCAGGUCAGGUACAGCUGAGCAGGGUGGAGAGAUCUUGGUACCAGGGGGAAAGGCCAAAAAAGACCUUCCUGCAAAUUUGCUGGACAUCUUCAACCAAAUUGCCAAGUUUGAGAAGGAUAAAGGCGUUAGACCAAAAAAGUAAACGACAGAUCAUGAGUUCCAUUUGGAAAGUUUAAAUGUUGUGUACAUUUGAAAUGGAAAUAAGUCUUCUUUUUUUUUUCUUCUUUUAAAUAUGCCUUUGUUCAUGUGUUGCUUACACCCUGGAAGAGAGGGCUGUAAUUGUUUUACAGAUAAACUGCUGCGGAAACAGUAAAUAAACAUUUAGAAGCCAGGUCCCAAAAGCAGGGAUGUGCCUGAAAAAAUAUGCUGAAUGCCACACGAACUGACAUUUUGACUUAUCAAAGUACAAAAGAAAUUAUUGGAUGUGCUUUUCACAAGGGGUGUAAAACAUAUUCAGGACAGUUUUGGAAAGGGACAUCAGACUCACCAUUGUGCAUCGAUUUAAUACAACUCAACUGUUAAUGUUUUUUAAACAUUUUGUGUCUUAUUUUUUUAGAGCGACUGUACUUAAAAAAAUGUAUGUAAAAGUCUUAUCUAAAUGUUUUUUUGAAAAAUCUUUAUGGUCAUCACACUUUAUUUCUGUCACAUACUUGGCCCGUGCUACAGUAAAAAACAGAUUAACAAACAAUACGCAACAAAAAAAACGAGACAAUAAAAAUGUUGGUCCAAAGGUGCCAGUGUUUUUACAUACUUCAUCCACAUCGUAUGGUAUUUGAAGUUUGUGCAUCUGCUUUCUUGUAGCGCUGCCAUUACCCCCAAACUGAUGGAGAAAUGGAACUUACCGAUCUUUAAUGAAAUAAAAUAAAAGCGGGCCCUUGGUUAUAUCAACUUUUAUCCCUGAGGUAGGCAUUUUUCAGAGCUCUAAAGAAGGUAACAAAUGCAAGAGUGUGGGUGUGUGUGAACAUCAGCGUGUGCCUGUAUGAUUUGUCCGUGUUAAAAAAACAAAACAUUUCCUCGAUUGGCUGUCUUUUUUACAUGUGACUUUUUGCUCGUUUCUGCCGUCAGUUGUCUGUAUUAUGAGGUGUGUAAAGCAAUUUGUGCUCAGAGUUGUAUGAGUAUGUGCAUAUAAAAAAUGUGUCCGUCUGUAAUCAGAUUUGUGUGAUCGAUUGUGCCCGAUUUUUACACCUGACUUUUGCGACACUCCCGCCAUGUCAGAGUUCAAUGUCCGUGCAGCGAUUCGAAGAGUUGCCUGUCUGUAAGUUCACCUUGCCUUUCCCCAUACUCGCCACUCGUCAGCGCCUUGCAUCCACUCUCACUUGUGUUGCUGUUGAAGCCAAAAACAAGUACAAUUGACUUUCUUUUACUUUAUGUAAAUAAAAGUUCAGGUUUUAGUGGUAGUUGUCCGAAGUAUUUUGUACUCAAAUGAGUUAUCAGUUAUGUCAUGACAUACAGGGGCCAAAAUGGUCAUGUUUCUUCCGUCAGGGGGCAUGGGUUCUUGUGAUAGGGUGAUUGUGGCAGAUUGCUGUACAGCAGUGGUUCUUAACCUUGUUGGAGGUACCGAACCCCACCAGUUUCAAAUGCGCAUUCACCGAACCCUUCUUUAGUGAGAAAUAAAAUGUUUUGUUUUUUUUCAAAUUCAAGACAAAGCUAUAUGUUUUUUUUACUGGCGCACAAAAUGAACCGUGCAUGAACAUCACCUCGUUCAAAGAACAAAACCAACACAGUGCAUGAACUCACAACAAAUUACACACCUGCAAAUCAGUGUGACUUUGGCUGUUGCCAUAUCCAUAAUCAUCAUCAUCGGCGGUCACUCGAACGAGUAUGACAAUCCUGGUAGGGGUGUAUCCCUUUAUGGAGGAUGCCUGUGCGUGACUUUGUUUUACGUGGGGAGACUGGUGCACAGACAGUCACCACACGAUCCUUGACAGAAUCGGGUCAGGGUCCAGUGGCAUGGAGUCCCAAGACGUUGAGGUCUUCACUGUAUCCCUGGCUAGGGGGCAGUCAGGUACUAGGCGUUUGCCAAGGGCCACCUGGGGUAACAGUAGUAAAGGGGUUAACCUCCUAGUGCCCCAAGACCCCAUAGAGGAUCCUCCACUGCCGGAUGCACUUUAACGUCAUGCCCAGGACGUAUCCAUAAUACGCCGAUAGGGAAACGUUUUUAUUUACAUGAGUCAGGUGUGUGACCUCCGCGGCGGAGGCUCUGCCGAACCCCUAGGGUUCGAUCGAACCCAGGUUAACCACUGCUGUACAGUUACCACAUACAUACCUCUGAAUACUGACACACAACUCUUAAAAUGUCAGAAACUAACAAAAAGUCAAGAGUUUAAAGACAGCCAAUUGAGGAAAUACGGACAGACCGAUUUAGUUUUACCCACAGACAAAUCAUCCGGACCAACACUAAAUGAGAUACCGACACACAGAUUAGAUCACAGACGCACAUUUUAGGAUAAACAUGUGCAAAUCAUUUUGCCACCAUACUUCCAUAGUUAGAAUAUGGAAUGAAAUAUGGUACACAGCUUUUAUUUAAUGGGUCACUCAUUAUUUAAUCAGUUAAUUAUUUAAAUGUUUUAAUGGCUUCACCAAUUUUUUCUCAACUUGUUUCUUGAUUUAAUUAUUUCAUGAACAUGUGCUUCAUGACUUUUAUCUGCCAGGCUCAGCUUCUAAAAUCAGUGGGCAGAUUCUAACACCUGAUUGGUUACUUCCACUUGUCGACCAGAAAAGCGGAGGAGUACUGGUCAAUAUCUUGGUCUGAUAGUGCGGAAAUAACUCCGACAACUUCAAUAAAUUCCUCUACUUUACUCUGUGUCAGUAUGUCUUGUUUCCAACUACUUAGCAAGAUUUAAAAUAUCUAACACCAACUCCCGAAAAAGUAGGAGUAUGUUUACCUUAGCCGCCAUGAAGCGCUGGCACACAGGGUCAUGAAAUUAGUAAAUCAUGAAAUCAAUAUUUAAUCAAAUAAUUAGACGUUAGACAAAUCAAUGAGGGAUUUCUUAGCAGAAUUCUUAUCAAUAUGGAUACUGUUGUUGAUAUUAUUCAUUUUUGUUGAACUACUUUUGGAUUGUUUUGUGUCAUGUGUGUGUGUCCGCUCAAUUGCUCUGUUGAUUGCUAUUCUGAAUGUUGCUAGAAGGGGUUUGGUUUUGGAAUUGGAAUUGUAUUAUUAUGGUAUUAUUGUAUAUUAUUUUGUUGGAUUGAUUAAUAAAAUAACAUUGAAACAACACAUUUAUGCAUUA